AUGAUGGCAAGUGGACUUAUUGUUUGGGUUGGGUUUUGUGUUGUUUUUUUCAAAAACAUUGACUUCGUUCGAUGUGCCGAUGAAUGCAAAACUCAUGCGGAUUGUACAGGCCUGCUUGCAAAAUACUGCUGUGGCGGCGGUCCGCUUACGAAGCCCGAAGACCGUCCCAAGCGAGCCUGCAGAAUAGGUACGUGUUUGCAUAAUUAUUGCGAGACCGACAGUGAUUGUGGCGAUUCGUCGAUGUGUUGCCGUUCUAAUAAAUGCGUAAACAAGGGUUGCUUGGGUUGUACUAAGAACUCGGAUUGCUAUUUCAGUUUACCUGACAAACACGUCUGUUGCAAGAAGACCUUUCCUUUCAACGAAACUGUCUGUGGCGAUGAUUGUAUCGGUCAAACUUGUAACUCGAAUGACGACUGCGCUGGAAGAGGAGAAUGCUGUCGUUUGGACAAAUGCGUUGACGUAUGCGGCAAGUGUACUAUGAAUUCGGAGUGCGAUUCAGAUGAAUACUGUUGCAAAAAGAAAAAGACUGUCGGGAAUCUCGGAGAUAAUUGUGCUAAAAGUUGUAUUGGCGAAUAUUGUGACACAGAUGAUGACUGUGGAGAACCAAGCGUAUGUUGUAUUUCUAACAAAUGCGUGGACCGUGGUUGUUCUGGUUGUACUAAGAACUCGGAUUGCUAUUUCACUUUACUAGACAAGCAUGUUUGCUGCAAAAAAACCUUUCCUUUCAACGAAACUCUCUGUGGUGAUGAUUGUAUUGGUCAAACUUGUAAGUCAAAUGACGAUUGCGCUGGAAGAAGAGAAUGCUGUCGUUUGAACAAAUGCGUUGACGUAUGCGGCAAGUGUACUAUGAAUUCGGAGUGCGAUUCAGAUGAAUACUGUUGCAGAAAGAAAGAGACUAUCGGGAAUCUUGGAGAUAAUUGUGCUAAAAGUUGUAUAUGGAAGAAAUGUGCCACAGAUGAUGAUUGUGGAGAACCUGACUUAUGUUGUAUUUCUGACAAAUGCGUGGACCGUGAUUGUUCUGGUUGUACUAAGAACACGGAUUGCUAUGUCAGUUUACUUGACAAACAUGUCUGUUGCAAGAAGACCUUUCCUUUCAACGAAACUGUCUGUGGCGAUGAUUGUAUCGGUCAAACUUGUAAGUCAAAUGACGACUGCGCUGGAAGAGGAGAAUGCUGUCGUUCGAACAAAUGCGUUAACACAUGCGACGAAAGGUCUAUUCCCAUCCCGCGGCAAAACCCAACCCCCAUCCCCCAAAACCCAACCCCCACCCCACAAAACCAAAGUCCCAUCCACCAACCCCAGCAGUCGGAUUCAUCUCCAGGGCGAACUGCUGGUAUUGCAGUAGCUGUAUUACUUAUUUUUGGUGGGGUAUCGAUAGCCUUGAUCUGGUAUUAUAAAAGAAAGCGACCGGGAAAUGUAACCCAAGUACACAGAGGAACAGUGGCUCUACAAAACACCCAAAGCCAAGGAACAGUGAUUAAGAACCCACAACAAAACCAACAGUUUUUUGGUUUUAAUAAUCCUAUGCAACAACAACAAUGGCCUGGAUUUGCCAUUGAGCAAAAUCCGUCACAAAAUAACCCUCAAAACAACCAAGCCCCUAUGUAUGCAAGUCCAAAUCAACUCGAUGACGAAGGAUAUGUGAUUGCCAAAGACAGCUGUAUUGAUCAUACCUAUGAGAACCCGGAUCAAGUGAAAUAUACUAUCCAGCAGCAAGGUUAUCCCCAGCUAUAUCCACAGAGUGCCUCCAAUCCUCAUCCUUAUAACCCUCAUUAUCCUGGCAAUUACCCUUGA